UACGUCAAAACUAAAAACUAUCAAGACCUAACCUAAUAAUAUUUGACAAACGUUUGUGUACGUGUUUGAGCCCCUAGUAAUUAUUUGAAAAUAUGGAAGGGUGCCUUUUAGAGCCCACACUGUACACCGUCAAGGGCAUAGUUAUUUUGGAUAGCGACGGGAACAGAAUCCUGGCUAAAUAUUACGACGUCAAGUCUCUUCCGACAGUCAAGGAGCGAAAAGCAUUCGAAAAAAACCUCUUCAAUAAGACUCACAGAGCAAAUGCAGAAAUUAUUAUGCUGGAUGGCUUUACCUGUGUCUACAAGAGUAAUGUGGAUUUGUUCUUCUAUGUUAUGGGGAAUUCAAAUGAGAAUGAGCUUAUCUUAAUGAAUGUUUUGAACUGCCUGUAUGAUUCAUUGAGUCAGAUUUUGCGAAAAAAUGUGGAGAAACGAGCUGUUAUGGACUCGUUAGACAUUGUUAUGCUUGCUAUAGACGAAAUUUGUGAUAGUGGAAUCAUCAUUGAUGCGGAUUCUAGCUCCGUAGUCUCAAGAGUCGCAGUGAGAAGUGAUGACAUCCCAAUUGGAGAGCAAACUGUUGCUCAGGUGUUUCAAACUGCAAAAGAGCAGCUCAAAUGGUCAUUACUUAAGUGAGUUCAAAGAGCUCAGAAUCCUUUUUCUGUAUAAUCUUGGUAUUUAUCAUCAAGCCAGAAUGUUCCGUUUAAUGAUACAAUUUAAUAUACUUUACAAAUAGA